GGACCAAUGGGCCCCAUGGGACCUCGAGGGCCAGUGGGAGAAAGAGGUCUCCCUGGUUUCCCUGGACCUGCUGGACCCCCUGGACCAGAGACUGUUGGGCCUCCAGGUCUUCCAGGGAAAGCUGGAACUCCAGGAGAUGAAGGAAAUAUCGGGCCAGAGGGUCCUCCUGGACCAAGAGGAGCAAUCGGGCUCCCAGGACCACCAGGCCCACCGGGACCAGCAGGACCAGCAGGGCCACAAGGUGCUGGGAACCCUGAGGGAAGUGGGGAGACUCAGUGCCAGACAACGUGUCCAGCUGGACCACAGGGACUGCCCGGUCUGCCAGGAAUGAAGGGACAUCGUGGUCUUUCCGGUGUGGACGGAGUGCCAGGCAUUCAAGGUGAAAAGGGAGACAGAGGGGCCGCUGGAGAGCCAGGUCCUGCUGGACGGCCAGGAGAUGACGGUCAGCGAGGGCCAAUAGGAUUCACUGGACCCCAUGGUGAUAAAGGAGAUCGGGGUCCGCCUGGAUUCAAUGGCAUCCCAGGACCCACUGGACCACCAGGAUCACCAGGUGUUGAAGGCAUCAGAGGGCGAGAGGGACAUCCUGGGCCUAAAGGAGAUGAUGGUGCGAUUGGAGCUCCGGGAGAGAAGGGAGCUGCUGGUGUUAAAGGUGACACUGGUGAGGCAGGAAACCCAGGAGCUGAUGGAGAGCCAGGAGCUACAGGAGAGAAGGGAGAACCAGGCCUGCCUGGAGCCAUUGGUGUCAGAGGAAUUGUGGGAAUUCCGGGUUUGCCAGGAAAACAGGGACUGGUGGGACCUGCAGGCCAAAAGGGUGAUACAGGCGCUGAAGGAGCUACUGGUCCAGUUGGGCUUCCUGGCAAAGAUGGAGCCGUUGGACCACCAGGAGAAGAUGGAGCUCCUGGACCCAAAGGAGCCACUGGUGACACAGGAAAGCAGGGUCCAGUCGGCCCAACAGGUCAACAAGGAAUCCAGGGAGAAAAAGGAGACCACGGCCUCAUGGGUCCUCGUGGAAUCAAGGGUCACACGGGUCAUAAAGGAGACCAGGGCCCGAUGGGUCUCGUCGGUCCUAAAGGAAGCGAGGGAGAUCCAGGUGUUCCCGGAGAUCCAGGCGUGAAGGGGGAUCAGGGGCCUACGGGUAUUCCUGGAACCAAGGGAGAGCGUGGUGAGAAAGGCCAGAGAGGAGCUACAGGCGCUGAUGGGCGUCCAGGACAGCCGGGUCAUGAGGGUCUGACGGGACCACAGGGAGCCAGAGGUCUUGAAGGAGAACGAGGACUGGUGGGACCUCCUGGUCCCAGAGGUCUACCUGGGCCCAAGAUCCAAGAUGAGAAGAUCCGUGAGAUCUGUUCAGCUGUUGUUGAAGAACAUUUAGAUGCCUACAAGAAGGAAUUAGCCAAGAAACCUCUUCCCCUUGGAGCCCCAGGGACUCCAGGACUGAUGGGGCCACCUGGACCCCCGGGACCUGCAGGUCCUGCUGGAGAAGCCGGACCAAGAGGAGUCAUGGGCCCCAAGGGACCUCAAGGAUACUACGGCCUUCCUGGAAAGCCAGGCGCCAAAGGUGAUUCAGGACAAAAAGGUGACAAGGGAGAUAAUGGAAUUGGAAUUGCAGGACUUCCUGGUGAACCUGGACCUCAAGGACCAGCUGGCAAGCCUGGCAUUGGUAAAGAUGGUCAGGAUGGUGCCAAAGGAGAGCCCGGUUUGAAUGGGACCCCAGGAACACCAGGAGCAAGAGGAGCCACUGGUGCACCUGGUCUUUGCGAUCCUUCAAACUGCUACAGGCCUCAACCUCUUUAUCUGCUUGGUGGCAAAAAGUCUGUCAACAUCAAGGGUCCAUGAACAGAACAAUAGAAAUGUCCUAGAAACCUUCAUCACAGUCAUCAUCGGGAGCUCAGAGUCAGUCCUUUUCCGAAAAAACUUGAGACUUCAAACGGCGAGUAAAACAAAUGUGACAGUUGUCUAAAGACGUACGGAUGCAGCUUCUGAUGGUGGAUCCAAUUUACAUGGUUUAUUGUUGUACCUUGUACAUAAACUGGAAGAACAUGUGUUUGUCCUGUCAGAUGGUUUACAGUGAAAUGCAAAAAUAAAUUAAUUGGAAAUUGACGUUUCAGUUCUUGGGCCACAAUCCGGUUAAAUCAACGGGGAACUAAUUUAAAACAUAGUACAUGCUGUACAAUUACAGUUCUGCAUGUUUACUAAUUUGUCAUAAAACGUGAUUUGCAAAGACCAAUGUUCGACAUGGUGCCAGACAUUAAGCUAUGCCAACAGAACGACAGUGUGAUCCAGCAGGGCAGCCUGGAAUAAAAGCUUUUCACCACCAUGCAAA